AGUUAUUUAAACAUGGACAAUUGCCAUAGUAUAAACGUUAUUCCCUUCUUCCGGAUCAAAUAUAGGAAUUUCUCACAGGAGUGUACUUGUAGUUGUACAUCCUCUUCCUCAAAGAAAGCGAAAGUUCAAAAAAGCAGCUACUUUUCAUGUUUCUGACUGAUUGAAUCAUUAAAUAUUUCGUGAACUGCAUCUCUGACUGAAGAUUGAAGAAUAGAGUGACACAAUACAAGCUAACAUCAGCAAGCAGGAUUCCAUGGAUAAAUCUUCAAUCUCCCUCACUAAACCACUACGCUGCAUCGUCAAGCUCGUUUAGGAGGUGCUGCAAUAACAUGCAAGAAUGAAUUGGAGAAGAUAAAUGAAGAAAAUCUGAGAAUGGUUUCGAUACAUUUGAGGCAAGCAAUGAUGUCUGGUGAAGUUGUGGAUAUGGAUUGGAGUAAAAGAGCUGGGGAAUCAGAAAUUUGUGUAAAUGUAGAAGAAAUUGUUGAUCACUCUAUGUUGGAUUCUAGCAACUUUGUUGUUGUUCAUGGAGCUGGCUCGUUCGGUCAUUUCCAAGCAAGCAAAUCAGGGGUACACAAGGGAGGACUGGAUCAGCCUCUUGUCAAAGCUGGCUUUGUUGCUACCCGAAUUUCAGUCACAUCACUGAAUCUAGAAAUUGUGAGGGCACUUGCUCAAGAAGGUAUCCCUUCAGUUGGAAUAUCUCCAUUUUCGUGUGGAUGGACGACGUUUCAAAGGAAUGUUGCCUCUGCCGAUAUCGCUACAGUGGCUAAAUCUAUAGACUCUGGUUUCAUCCCUGUCCUGCAUGGGGAUGCAGUAUUUGAUCACUCACAGGGUUGCACAAUUUUGAGUGGGGAUGUAAUGAUACGACAUUUGGCAGAACACUUGAAGCCUGAAUAUGUUGUUUUUCUUACAGAUGUCUUUGGUGUAUAUGACCGUCCUCCUUCAGAACCCGGCGCAAUUUUGUUACGAGAGAUAGCUGUCGAUGAAGAGGGAAGCUGGCGUGUCGUAAAGCCUGCCCCAAAAACUAUGAAUGAGAAAGUUGAGAUCACUGUAGCAGCUCACGACACAACAGGGGGUAUGGUGACCAAAAUAUCUGAAGCUGCAGCUAUUGCAAAACUUGGCAUUGAUGUGUUUAUUGUAAAGGCAGCCACAGAUCAUUCCUUGAAGGCCUUGAAAGGGGAAUUGAAAGGGAACGUUCCUGAUGAUUGGCUCGGUACAGCCAUUCGAUUCAUGAGAAAAUAGUUACAGCUUAUAAACAACUUGUCGUAUGAUGUUUGAGGCAGCAGAUCAUAUCUAAAUCCGUUAUCACUGGUAAUCACUGACCACAUGAAACACUAAAGCAUAGGAUCCGCGACUUCGUGUACACUUUUCAAAACUCUUAAUCAGCAGAAUUUCACCAUUUUUGGACAGUGACCUCCCAUUUUUUUUAGUGUAGUAAUAUUCUGUAACCUUGCAGCCACCAUUAGCUUGCUGGAGGAACCAUAACAUCAAUUGAUAAGCUUACAGUGUGUUGUGUGUUCAUAACUGUCAUCUUCAAGUUCAUUCAUUGUUUGACAAGUAUGACAUUGUUUAGAUCA